GUUGGUUGCUAUGCUGCUGCCUGUCUGAAGGCAGGCUGGAGGAGAGGAAGGAGGGAGGCAGGCUCUCGGGUGGAGGAGGAGGAGGAGCAGGAGGGGAGGAAGACGGAGGAGGUGGCGGCGGCGGCGGCGGCAGCUGCUGUUCGUUCUCGGCCCCCCGCUCAGUGCAGGCAGGCAGAGCCCCGGUGUUAAGCUACCGCCUCCCCCCCCCCAGCCUCGGCCCCACGGCUGCAGGAUAAGGAAGAGAGGGGGAAGCCUCCUUGCGGGGUGGGAGGGAGAAAAAGGUCCUUCCCCUCAGGCAGAGAGGGGUGACUUCUGAGACCCCUUCCCCCUCUCUCCCUCCCUCCAUUGGAGGGGGUGCCCAGUGGGUGGGGAGGGGGGGAGGCUCCAUUGCCUUCCCCCCUCCCUCCACCUGCUCACCCACCUACCCACCCACCCUUGCCUUUCUGUCUGCGGCAGGAAUGUGGGGGGGCUCUGAGUUGAGAGGGGGGCGCUCACUGCAACGGUUGCUGGAGACCCCCAUCCUAUUCGCCUGCUGCUGCUGCUCCUCGCGGGGUGCAAGAACUCGACUGAACUGAGCCGUUUCUGCGGGUUAAAUUGAGCCUUUUGUGUGUGAGGGGUGUGUGUGUGUUGGGGGGCAAGACCCCCUUCCCACCUCCACUUUACCUUUUGGCUUCCCUUUUCUGGGUUGCUCCCUUGCUCCAUUAUCAUCCUCUGGAAGGACGUGGCUGUUAUAUGAAGACGUCGUGUGGACAGUAAUGACCGCACGUUUCCGAUUGCCUGCUGGCAGAACCUACAAUGUACGAGCAUCUGAGCUGGCACGAGACAGACAGCAUACAGAGGUGGUCUGCAAUAUUCUUCUUCUGGACAAUACUGUACAAGCUUUUAGAGUUAACAAACAUGAUCAGGGACAAGUUCUGCUGAAUAUAGUUUUCAAGCAUCUUGAUCUGACUGAAAGAGACUAUUUUGGUUUACAAUUGGCUGAUGAUUCUACUGAUAACCCGAGGUGGCUGGAUCCAAACAAGCCAAUCAGGAAGCAGUUAAAGAGAGGAUCUCCUCACAGCUUGAACUUCAGAGUCAAAUUUUUUGUAAGCGAUCCUAAUAAGCUUCAAGAAGAAUACACACGGUACCAAUAUUUUUUGCAAAUUAAACAAGACAUUCUUACGGGAAGAUUGCCCUGCCCUUAUAAUACUGCUGCACUCUUGGCUUCCUUUGCUGUUCAGUCUGAACUGGGAGACUACAACCUUUCAGAGAACUUCCCAGGCUACCUCUCAGACUAUUCCUUUAUCCCCGGCCAGCCUCAAGAGUUUGAAAAAGAAGUGUCCAAACUACAUCAGCAGCAUAUAGGUCUGUCUCCUGCUGAAUCAGAAUUUAGUUAUCUCAGCACAGCCCGGACCUUAGAACUCUAUGGAGUUGAAUUGCACUAUGCAAGGGAUCAAAGUAACAAUGAAAUUAUGAUUGGAGUAAUGUCGGGAGGCAUACUAAUUUAUAAGAACAGGGUACGAAUUAACACCUUUCCAUGGUUGAAGAUCGUUAAAAUUUCUUUUAAGUGCAAACAGUUUUUUAUUCAGCUUAGAAAAGAAUUGGGUUGCUUGAGUACAGAUCUUCACGUGCCUUUGGGUCUGUAUCUGCAUGAAUCUAGAGAAACGCUACUAGGAUUCAACAUGGUGAAUUAUCGAGCGUGUAAAAAUUUAUGGAAAGCUUGUGUAGAACACCAUACUUUUUUCCGGCUAGACAGACCACUGCCCCCUCAGAAGAACUUUUUUGCACACUACUUUACUUUGGGUUCAAAGUACCGGUACUGUGGGAGAACAGAAGUCCAGUCUGUACAGUAUGGUAAAGAAAAGGCAAAUAAGGACAGGGUAUUUGCCAGAUCCCCAAGUAAACCUCUGGCUCGCAGAUUGAUAAGUGGGAUGGACUGGGAGGUUGUCAGCAGGAAUUCAAUGUCUGAUGACAGGUUAGAAACUCAAAGUUUACCAUCCCGCUCUCCACCUGGAACCCCAAAUCAUCGCAACUCUGCAUUUACUCAAGAGGGAAACCGUUUACGGCCAUCUUCAGUUGGGCAUCUAGUAGACCACGUGGUUCAUCCUUCGCCAAGUGAGGUUUUUGCAAAUCAUCGAUCUCCUUCUUCCACACAAGCCAACAGUAUCAUUCUGGAAUCAUCAUCAUCUCAAGAGACCCCUGUAGAUGGGCAACCACCUGCACUGCCACCUAAACAAUCUAAAAAGAAUAGUUGGAACCAAAUUCAUUAUUCACUCUCUCAGCAAGAAUUAGAUAACCAUAUCAAUGAAACGUACGAUGAUGAUUCUUCUUCAUCUCCUGAAAAAUCUACACCCAAUGGUGGGAUUCCCCAUGACAAUCUCGUUCUGAUCAGAAUGAGACCAGAUGAAAAUGGAAGAUUUGGUUUCAAUGUAAAGGGUGGAUAUGAUCAGAAGAUGCCUGUCAUAGUGUCCAGAGUGGCUCCAGGAACACCUGCAGAUGUUUGUGUUCCUCGUUUGAAUGAAGGAGAUCAGGUUGUACUGAUCAAUGGCAGGGAUAUUUCAGAACAUACCCAUGAUCAAGUUGUUAUGUUUAUUAAAGCUAGCUGUGAGCGGCACUCAGGGGAGCUUGUGCUCCUAGUUCGACCCAAUGCUGUUUAUGAUGUGGUAGAAGAAAAACUGGAGAGUGAGCCAGACUUCCAAUACAUCCCUGAGAAGUCCCCUCUAGAUGGUGCCCACCAGGAUGAUAUUGCUCUUAGGGAAUCGAUGUUUCAACUGGCAGAAGGGCUUAUCACGGGAACUGUCCUGGCUCAGUUUGAUCAACUUUACAGGAAGAAGCCUGGGAUGACAAUGUCUUGUGCCAAAUUACCUCAAAACAUUUCCAAAAAUAGAUACAGAGACAUUUCGCCUUAUGAUGCUACACGGGUUAUUUUAAAGAGUAAUGAUGAUUACAUCAAUGCAAAUUAUAUAAAUAUGGAAAUCCCUUCUUCCAGUAUAAUAAAUAAAUACAUUGCUUGCCAAGGUCCUUUACCAAACACUUGCCCUGAUUUUUGGCAGAUGAUUUGGGAACAAGGCUCAUCUAUGGUUGUAAUGCUAACUACUCAAGUGGAACGGGGAAGAGUGAAAUGCCAUCAGUACUGGCCAGAGCCCACCGGAAGCUCCUUGUAUGGGAAUUUUCAGAUCACUUGUCAUUCAGAAGAAGGAAAUCCUGCCUAUGUCUUCAGAGAGAUGACAAUGUCUCAUCUGGAGGAAAAUGAGGACCGUCAGCUUACUCAAAUCCAGUACAUAGCAUGGCCUGAUCACGGGGUUCCUGAUGAUUCCAGUGACUUCCUGGAUUUUGUGUGUCUCAUCAGGAAAAAAAGAGCUGGCAGAGAAGAGCCGGUUGUUGUUCACUGCAGUGCUGGGAUUGGACGAACAGGAGUUCUUAUCACUAUGGAAACAGCUAUGUGUCUCAUUGAGUGCAAUCAGCCUGUUUUUCCCUUGGAUAUUGUGAGAACUAUGAGAGAUCAAAGGGCCAUGAUGAUCCAAACUCCUAGUCAAUACAGAUUCGUUUGUGAGGCUAUUUUGAAAGUGUAUGAAGAAGAACUUGUUAGACCUUUAACGACUUCGCUGCAUUAAUAGAAGACAAAAGAUACCUUUCAGAAGAAUCCAUAUAAGACACUGGUGUGCCAUAACAUUACUUGCAAAAAAUGGUGUCUGAAAGCAAUGAAGAAAUGAAAAAGGACAUGGAAAAAAACUUCAGCACUAUUGCACUUUAUGUUGAAACUGAAAAUUGAUCUCUAAAACACUAUGAUUUUUCUGUGUUGGAAGACUCUUUCUUCAUGCUUUGCUUCGAACAAACCAGACUUAAGGAACUCCAUGACUUUCCAGACAUCAUUGUAGUGCCAUACAGUCCCUUUUUGUUUGAACUGCUACAAAAAAAAGGCUUGGAACACUUUUCACUCUUUGGUUGACACCUAUGUCUUUUUAAAGCAACAACAAUACACACAAAGCCAUUUCUUCCAGUGCUAAAUUUUGCUGUGUUAAGAUCCUUGCUGUUUUGUUUUUUAUUUUGGUGAAACAUUAGCAAUAUUACUACUACUAGACACACUGCCUACUGAAGCAGCACAUUUUGCCCAAUGCCCAUCUAAAAAUCUAACCUGAUUAAUAGUGGAAAGCUACAUUUUCGUCUAACUCGGCAGUAGCUGCAUAAAGGCCCGUUUAACCAGCAUCUUAUUUAGGGUGGAGUAGGAGGGGCAUUUAUUUUUGACCUGGUAGCUCUGUUUCUCAGCAUGUCACAACAUUGGUGUGUUUUGUAACAUCUGACGACAUUACCUAAUGGGAAUGAAUGCAUGUGUUUUGUCUUAACCCCUUAAGUGCCUUGAGACUUACAGUGUAUGUCUUUAAUGACAAGGCACUUGUAUUGGCCCUAAAGGGGGAAGUAUCAUCAUUGUAACAUUUACUUUAGCAGGUUCACACUUUAAAGCAUGGCCCUUGGUGCUUAGAAUAUGGUACUUAGAAUACGAUAGGGGGGUCACAAAAAUACCAUUCCUUCUCUUUCUACAAGUACCUGCAUGCUACUAUGGGUAGCAAGAGCACCCCAGCCUAUUAAAUAAGUAAUAAUUGUUUACUGCUAUGAAAUGAAGUGGGAAAUCUGACACAUUCCUUUCAACUGGUAAAAUAUUUGCAACAUCAAAUGUAAAGCCAGUAGAUAGUUUUAGAAUUUCUUUCUUUUAGCCUUCCACAGAGGUAAAAAAAAAAGCUUUGUAAUUGAGUACGCUAUACCUUUUUGAUAGUUCUGAUAACUGUUUUAAAACUUCAAGGUAAGCUUUCCCCAUGACCUGCUUGCCAGUUACAUUUCCCGAGUCCACAUUUGUGCUUUCUCAAGUCAUGUUUGUGCUAUACUGUGUUUUGACAAGACAAGGGGAGGAGGGUGCAUAAAAUGCCAUCAGCUUGUUUCCAAAACAUUUAUGCUUUCCAUAUGUUCUUUGGGAUCUCUGUGUUCUUUUGUACUCAUUUUUAUUUCUGUGCCUCUUUUUUGAGGUCAUUAGCAUGUAUGCAGUUGGAGGCACUUAACUGAUACAGAAUCUGAACUCAUUCUAGGGUCAUGUAAAGGUUUUUGACUCCUUUUUAUUAAAGAAGAGGAAGAAGAAGACCUGAGACAGCUUCUUGCACAAUAUGCAUUUGGGAUUCAGUUGUUUCUUUAUGAAAACCUACGCUGCCCUGUAUUUUAAAAAGGUUUGAAUAAUUAAUGUUUUUUUUAAAAAAAGCAGAAUAUGCAGACUAUAGAUGAUAAUAUAAGGUUUGUCUUUUAUUUUAUUUAAAAAAACACCCCACUUAUUCUCCUCUAUAUGUGCUGGAAGGGGCUGCAAAUCUGCUGUAUAAAGUUUGUACCCAAUGCCCUGAAAUUGUGUGGUGCAAAGUUGUAGCAGCUCUUCAUCAUGAUACCAAAUGAAAGAGAAACUUUAUUUUUUGCAAAAAAACAAAACGUCAUCUGCUGGCCUGUUCGUUUAUUUUCAAAGCAAAUCCAGUAGUCUCCAUUUCUGGUUUUGAAGUUAUUGCAGCAUUAUCCUUUUAAUAUAACUUCUUGAGUCAGUGUAGAAAUGAAUGCUAGUGUCAAUGAAUUCCUUUCAUCCAAAUUGUAGUUUCAUUAUGAUAAGGUAUAAUGGGCUUCUUAAAACACACACAGACACACACACACACACCCCUACCCCUCAGUCUCUAAUUGAGCAUUUGUUCAGGGUGUAGGAAUACACUUUUGUCUGCUCUCACAAAUUGGAAUGAGUGCUUGAUAAACUGCUACUUUUGACAGCUCUGAAAUUGAAGGGGGAUAGUGGACUCAAAUGUUCUACAUCAAUUGAUAAUUGAAGGAUCCAGUGGCUUUUAAUAGUUUGUUUCUGUUCAACACAAAAUGAAAAGCUGAAAUGCAUUUUUAAACUAUGCUUCAGACAGUUUCAGAUUACCCAGCACAAUGUGAGUAACUGCUAACAAUAUUGCAUUGCAUCCUAAAUCGUCUUUAGAUGUUAGUGCAAGCAAUGUGAAAUCCUUUUUAUAAAAAGCCUCCAGUAGUUCUACCAACCAGUCAGAUGGCAAAUAGGAAUAUAAAUAAUGCUAUAUACUGCAUAUUCAUAUUCUAUUUUGAACCGCUUACUUCAAAAAUGGUUUAAUACCUAUAGAAGGCUUUCCUGCUUUUAAUUUGGAAAUAGUUCAGUGCCAUAAUCUUGGUUAUUUGCAGGACUAAUUUAAGCAUUUGUAACACGUUAAAGUAAAUAUUAAAUUACUGCAUCCAUUCUAGUGAAAUGUGUUACUGUUGCCAACGUAUGUUACUAUUGCCAACAUAUAAAUGAAAACAGCAUUGCCCAUUUUAUAAACUUAUAACAAGGGAAAUUACUAGAGUUGUAUAUCAUUGAUAUUUUAAAUACGCUGAUUUUCUUAUGUGAGGUUGCCAAAGCAAUUUGAAUCCAUGUGAAACAUAUAUACCACAAUGUAUAGUUUUGUUGGCAUAUAUUUUUGGUACUUAGGGUGUUGAUCUGUCAUAUAGGCAGAAACAUUAGCUGCCUUCAAACCUCCAUCACCCCUGAUAUAAGCUGAUUUAGGGCUUACUGGUUAGUAGUAAUGAAGAAAUAUGGAAAGAGAUUAGUUUGGUAGGGCAGCAGAUCAACAAACCACAGGAAUUUCCCUCAAAUGCACAUAGUAAAGAAAAUAUAACAAAGCAUUACCAUGCCAUAAAAGUGGAUCUUCACAAAAUGCAUCUUCCCAUAGUGGUAUAAAUAGCCUUUUACUAAUAUUUUUAUAUGGCCUAAAAGUUAAUACUGUUCAUUGCUUUGCAUUGGGUUAUGAAGAUCUGUAUCAAGCUAAAAAGAAAAGGGAAAAAAUAUUUUUUGUAUGUUUUUUCAUUCUGUACAAAACAUGAAUGUAUGUUUCAGGAAUAAUGACAUAUAAAAUGAUGGGUGUUAUGGA